AUGGCGACCGCCGCGUCCGGGACGGCGCUCCGGCGGCUCUACCUCUCCGCCUACAACUGGGUCGUCUUCUUCGGAUGGGCGCAGGUGAUGUGCUACGCGGCCUCGGCGCUGCUGGAGAGCGGCCACGAGGCCGUCUACGCCGCCGUCGAGCGGCCGCUGCAGUUCGCGCAGACCGCAGCCUUCAUGGAGCCUUUCACGUUAUAUAUCCUCAACAUCGGUCAAUCUGGACAAGUGCAAUGGUACAUGGCAACUGCCCUAGUGUGCUUGGUACAUGGCAACUGCCCUAGUGUGCUUUUCAGUGACAUGACAACUGCAGUUAAACAAAUAUGGAAGAGGGUCCGGACCAUGGCAACUGCGAGGCGCAUGGUGACUGUCACGCGAUGUGUGCGGAACCAUGAGAGGCCUCACUGGAGCCCGAGCUCCAAAAGGGAUUUCCGGUUUGUGAGGUCUCCGAUCUCGACAACUCUCCCACAAAUCACUGGAAGAUUGUACAUCACAUGGGGCAUCUUGUGGAGCUUUCAUGAGGCGCAGUCUCAUAUUCUUCUAACUUCAUUGAUCAUAAGCUGGUCUAUCACUGAGGUCAUUCGAUAUUUUUUCUUUGGUAUGAAGGAGACAUUUGGGGUUGCACCUUACUGGCUCCUAUGGCUUAGGUAUAGCACCUUUCUGGUGUUCUAUCCUACCGGCAUCGUAAGCGAGGUUGGCCUGAUCUUAGUUGCCAUGCCUUUUAUGAAGACAUCAAGGAAAUAUUUUAUGAUGCCUAAUAAAUGGAAUUUCUCCUUCAACUACCACUAUGAAUUGGCUCUUGUCACAGCUCUAAUCAUACCAGGAUUUCCAUACUUGUUCCGUUAUAUGGUGGCUAAGCGGAAGAAGGUCUUGUCGGCGGCAAAAACGGCAUGA